AUGGCGGACGUUGAUGACGCAAUGACGCAUAAGAUAACGGCGUUGUUACAUUUGCUUCCUGACAUGAUGGGAGAUCAACAGAACAGAAAUGAGCUGAUUUCAUCCUGCGUGGGUUGUGGGCAUCUGAUCCUGGAUCGCUUCAUCCUGCGGGUUUCUCCUGAUCUGGAGUGGCACGCGCAGUGUCUGCGGUGCGCGCAGUGCCAUCAGUAUCUGGACGAGUCCCGCACCUGCUUCAUCAGAGACGGGAAAACCUUCUGUAAAGACCACAGAUUAUGCAGCAGUAAAUGUGCCAGAUGCCACAAAGCCUUCGUCAGAGAGGAGUAUGUCAUGCGAACACCAGUGAAUAUUUAUCACAUGCAGUGUUUUCGAUGCGAGAGCUGCAAUCGUCCGUUACUCCCUGGAGAUGAGUAUGUUCUGCGGGACGGUCAACUGCUCUGUACGGACCAUCAUGAGUGUUUUAAACAAUUAAAGUGUGCAUCAAAUAACCAACAGAAGGAGACUGCUGAUCCAUCCGAGGACAUGAAGUCCUCAGCAUCCUGGUCCUCGAGGUCAGAGAGAGCCACUCGCGUGAGGACGGUUCUCAGCGAGUCCCAGCUCCGCAUGCUCCAGACCUGUUACAGUGCCAAUCCCAGACCCGACGCCCUCAUGAAAGAGCAGCUCGUGGAAAUGACGGGCCUCAGUCCUCGGGUCAUUCGCGUCUGGUUCCAGAACAAGAGAUGCAAAGAUAAGAAAAGAAGUGUGAUGAUGAGACACACACAGACGCAGCUCGAGGGCUGUCUGGCGAGUGAGCAGGUUUCAGAGGAUCUAAUGCUGGCCAGUCCCGAGAGCCAGGACAGUGACAUGACGAUAAGCCCCCCAUGGAAACUACUGACCGACUUUAUUCUGCAAAAGAAUGCUGAAGACAGAUCAUACCAGCAAUUGCUUUCCUUAUCAAAGGAAGGUCUUUGUUCGGCUGGAGGUGAAGUUGUGUCAAUAUCGGCUCGCAUCCAGACACACCCAACAGCCUGA